AUGAUAAAUGGUGAACAUGUACCCGGAGUAAUUCCUGAAGAAGAUGAUAAUAAAGUACCGACAUCUAAAAAAUUUGAUCAAAAAAGAAUUAAUCAAAAAACAGAAUUGACAAAACGUGCAGCUGAUAUACGUACAAAACGUACACCACUUCAAACAGAUUCAACUAAUCCGGAUGAUGUUGGUGGAUUUAUUAAUACUACAUUUUAUCCAGAUAUUGAUGGAUUUGGUUUAUUGAAUAACUCAAAUAAUUCAAUGUUAAUAACAAAUCAACCAUUUCAUCCAAUUCGUUGGAAAAAUAAUACGAAAGAUAAAUCAACUGUAUCUCGUCCAUCAACUGGUUCAUCAAUACAAACAAGAACAAUAAAUGCAUCAAGAGGAACAAUGCAACUUUUAUCUGAUGCUACUCUUACACAUACUAAUGAUGAUGAUGGUGAAAGGAAUGAUUCUGAUGGUGAUACUGAAAUCACAGUUGUUAAACCUUUGACACCAACUUUUCAUGAUAAUAAUGGAACAUUAUCAUCAUUAUUAACUGAAUAUAAUAAUAAUAAUAAUGAUAAUAAUUCAAAUGAUUCAACAUUAACAUUUGCAUUACGUUCAUUAUUUGAAAUGAUUACAGAAGAUUUAGAUAAAUUUGUUUAUACACCAGCACCAAAUGGUCUUGGUGAUAUUCAAUGUCGUAUAACACGUGAUAAACGUGGAAUGGAAAAAGGUCUUUUUCCAAUUUAUUAUAUGCAUAUUGAAAGACCUGGUGAUGGUAAAAAAUUUUUUAUACUUGCUGGACGUAAACGUCGACGUAGUACAACAUCAAAUUAUUUAAUAUCAACAGAUCCAACUGAUUUAUCACGUGAUGGAGAAAAAUUUAUAGGAAAAUUAAGAGCAAAUAUGUUAGGAACAAAUUUUACUGUUUAUGAUCAAGGUUCAAAUCCAAAGAAAAAUAUUUCAACUGAACAACAAAGACAAGAAUUAGCUGCAAUUGCUUAUGAAACAAAUAUAUUAGGUUUUAAAGGUCCACGUCGUAUGACAAUUAUUGUUCCUGGUAUGAGUAGUGAUCAUCAACGUGUUGAAGUUCGACCAAAAACUGAUUCAGAAAGUUUAAUUGAACGAUGGAAACAUAAUGAUAUGAAUAAUCUACUUGAAUUACAUAAUAAAACACCUGUUUGGAAUGAAGAAACUCAAUCAUAUGUUCUUAAUUUUCAUGGACGUGUUACUCAAGCAUCAGUUAAAAAUUUUCAAAUUGUACAUGAUGAUGAUCAAGAUUAUAUAUGUAUGCAAUUUGGUCGAGUUAGUGAUGAUGUUUUUACAUGCGAUUUCAAAUAUCCAUUAUGUGCUGUUCAAGCAUUUGGUAUUGCACUAUCAUCUUUUGAUGGAAAAUUAGCUUGCGAAUAA